CCGGAAAUAAGUAACAAACGACACACAAAGCCGUUCAGAGUAAAAAGGGAUUGUGAAAAUUUUGAAUUGCAAUCCUUGUAUUUUCUCUUCCAUCCUAUUAUCUACCGAAGAAAGAACUCCGUAGUUUUAUUCUAAAUAUUCGUGAAUUUUAUUAUUCAUAAAACGGCAGAAAUUUAAAACGAAACUAUGAACGAAAAUAAUUUGGCAACAGCCUCAUCUGAAAAUAUUUCCAAUAAAGCUCUAAACAUGCAAAGAGACGGAGCCGAUAGCUGGAAGACAAAAUUAAACCUACCACCUAAAGAUAGACGUCUAAAAACCACCGAUGUAACAUCAACCAAAGGCAAUGAUUUUGAGGAUUAUUGUCUUAAACGUGAAUUGUUAAUGGGAAUAUUUGAAAAAGGUUAUGAGAAACCUUCACCUAUCCAAGAAGAAAGUAUACCCAUUGCAUUAGCUGGACGAGAUAUUCUGGCUCGAGCUAAAAAUGGAACUGGGAAAACUGCUGCGUACCUAAUACCUGUUCUUGAGAAACUUGAUGUGGGAAAAAAUUGUAUUCAAGCCCUUGUGUUAGUUCCAACACGGGAACUUGCACUUCAAACAUCACAAAUAUGUAAAGAACUUGGCAAACAUCUCAAUGGACUUCAGGUUAUGGUUACUACAGGGGGUACAAGUUUGAAAGAUGAUAUCAUGAGGUUAUAUAAUCCAGUUCAUGUGAUAAUUGCAACUCCUGGGAGAAUUUAUGAUCUCAUCAAAAAGGAAUUAGCCAAUACAAAAGAUUGUCAAAUGGUGGUUAUGGAUGAGGCAGACAAACUUUUAUCUCAGGACUUCAAAGGAGUGAUGGAACAAAUUAUUCAUCACAUGCCAAUUGCCAGACAAAUUCUUUUAUUCUCUGCAACAUUCCCAGUCACAGUUAAAGAAUUUAAGGAAAAAUAUCUAGAGAAGCCUUAUGAAAUAAAUUUAAUGGACGAACUUACAUUAAAAGGAAUCACACAGUACUAUGCAUUUGUAGAAGAGAAGCAAAAAGUACACUGUCUAAACACGUUAUUUUCAAAGUUACAAAUCAAUCAAUCGAUCAUUUUCUGCAAUUCUGUUCAAAGAGUGGAAUUGUUGGCAAGACGUAUUACAGAGCUUGGUUAUUCAUGUUUUUAUAUACAUUCAAAAAUGUCUCAACCUCAUCGUAACAGAGUUUUUCAUGAUUUCCGUAAGGGCGAAUGUCGAAAUUUAGUAUGUUCAGACCUGUUUACUCGUGGUAUUGAUAUUCAGUCAGUGAAUGUUGUGAUCAACUUUGACUUUCCAAAGUUAUCUGAAACGUAUCUCCAUCGCAUUGGUCGUUCUGGACGUUAUGGUCAUCUCGGUCUGGCUGUGAAUCUUAUUACUUACGAUGAUCGUUUUGAUCUUUUUAAAAUUGAACAACAACUCGGCACCGAUAUCAAAGCCAUUCCUUCCAGCAUUGACAAGAGUCUCUAUGUUGCCGAGUACCACCAGGUCCAAGAUGAAAAAUAAGUAUCCUUCUUUCGCGUCAUAUAUCGAUUAUGACGUUUAGAAAUGUUGUUGUGAGUGAAGUAUUUUACAUAUUGUGCGUUUCAGUCUCAGUGUGUGGAUUAACACGUUAUUGAGAUGCAUCAUCGAAAUACAUAUCGCAAAGUCUGUUAUAUUCUGGGACCAGGCAAGUACUAUAUGUGAUAUUCAAUUUCGCACUUCAAAAUAUUUUUCCAUUUAAUACAUCGGUACUUUAGGUGUUGAUCAGUAUAUUGCUUCAUUAUGGAGAUUUUAAAACCCUAUUACUAAUUCACGACGGCUAAACUACUCGGCUUGUCCUGUCCCAUUUGUACAGUGUAUAGAUUGUGAUGUCAUUGUGUAAAUUGUCGAUAAAUUAUUUAAUUAUCUCUAUCGCGGCAACGUGGUGUAGUGGAUAGUGCUGGUAGUUUUAACAUGAAGUGGAUAAUAAAAAUAGCUAGACAAAGUAGAUUCCUCUCAAAUGACUUACCAUCAUAGUAUAUGUCGCCAAAAGAAAUUCUGUUGAUGUCAUGGCGAAGUAUUCUGCUCCAUGUUAAAAUUUCCUGUAAUAUUGUAACAGUGGUUGCUUGUUCGAAAAGUGACUUCUGGAUUUAAAGUUUUUUCACGUUCUCUAUAAGCAAGCAAUAAGCAAGCAACCACUGGUACUCGUGCUAUAAACAUUUCAACAUUCGUAUGUCAUUGUUAUGAUGUUUUAUCAUGCCCGACCAAACAUCAAACAUUGGCGUAUGAAAGUGCCAAUAUUUAUAGCACGGUAAAGGCUACGGUUAAACAGGUUUGUCUAGAUGAGUUCAAAAAUCCUUUCAUUCCACGUAGCGUGAUGUGACUGGUAGUGGAGGUUGCGAGCUCAUCCAGAGUCCAUUUAGUAUAAUCGUAACCUAACCUAAUUUGUGUAAAUAUCUGUAAAUACAUAGAGUUCUAUUUUCGAAAUGGGGUUGGGUGGGUAAUAUGGCAUCCAAUGCCGAUGCCAAAUUUUGAUUUAUCAUAUGGCUGCAGGAUUUUUCGACAUUGUUGCAGUUCAAAAGAAAAAUGUUGAAAUAUCGUAAUUAAAUGCUUUUUUACGAGCUAUAACGGGAGCAAAAUGAAACAGAUUUCAAUUAUACAAAAUCAUCUAAAGGCUGUACAUGAAAUGCCUAUUACAGCAGAUUAUCGUACGACUGAUUUGACUGAAAUGUAAAAAUUCCAGUGAAUGUGAAAAAAAUAAUUACUGCUGCAAACCAACAAACGGUGAUUCCGGGCGCGGCCAUGACAAGGAUAUAGGGUAGAUGUCCUGUUAUGUUUGAGCUCCGUAAUUUAGUGUAACCAAACAUAAGAGAAAGACGAGCACAUAUACAAAUAAGUUGCUGCAAGAAUAAGCUUAGCCAAGCAAAUAAUUAUCCACACUGUGUGCUUUUUGGAGGAUACUGUGGAGAGUAGUAUUAAGAAAGUGAAACCAACCUGGAAGUGCUGCUUAUUAUGCAGCUUGUGAGCAACGUGAAGAUCUUUGAGGAACAGGUUCGCAUGCCUGUAAACCUCACAUGCAUGUGCUGUUGUGUUGAACAUUUGUUCCUACCCAACAUAACGGCGUAUGAAAAGUUAAACAUUCGCAGUAAACAGUAUAGCAUGUUGCAGGAAAAACCAGAUUGAUUUUUUUCUCAAUUUUCAAUCGUUUGCGGUCGGGCAACCACAGUAACAUUUCUAUCCUGUUUACUGCAUGUGUUCCCUGUAGUUUUGUAUGUCAACCUUAUAACUGCCCAAAACUACAGUGUAUUACCUUAGAAGCGCAGUUAUACUGUUGUGUUUUACAUGACGAAUCCAUGGAUAAACAUUGUAUCUAGUUUCCAUGAGUAAUGUUAAGCUUGUCGACCGUUCUACUGUUGGAACGUUGACUUGUAAGUAUCAAAUUGUUGUGAAAUUAUAAUACCUGUCCCCAUGUAUUAUGUAAAAAUGUGGCGUAUAGUUAGUUUUGUAAAGGUUGUGUAUACUGUGUAAAAUUGAGCUAGCUACCUUCUGAGUUCUGUAUCUUUUCAAAGGUGAUUCUAAGGUUUUACCUAUGAUUGUCUAAAAUUUUACCUAAAAAAAGGUUUUACCUAUGAUUGUCGUAACUUGGUAAAAGGCUAGUAAAAAAUCGGCCUUAUUAUACAUUGCUUUCUAGGCAUAUACCACUUAUUUUACUUUCAUCGUUGAAGAGGGGAAGGUAGCUAGUGUUGCAUGUUGAUAAUUGUCAUAAAAAUUCCGUUUUGUUAACCAUGUUUAGGUUUGAUCUUAGUUGUUUAAAAACUGUACUUUCAGUUUAAGGAACUCCUUAGUAUGGGACAAUGUGUGAAGUAAUUACAACUUGCUUUGGCAGGUUGAAUUGUUUCUCAUUUUGUUAGCCAAUAAUGUUGUGUAAUUUAAUGUCCUGUCUAAACGAAUAAAAUAAUUGUUGAUA